UCUCUUCCAUAUAGUAUAUUUUUGUAUGCAAAACUCCAAUGAUGGUUUGUUUUUGCUUUCUGGUGGAUCAAAAGAGGACGGUGCGGCGGAGUAAGCCGGUGGCUGGCUGGUGUUCGCGGUGCGGACACGGUGCUAAAGUGGCUGAGAUGUAUACAUCAACUAGGUUUUGUUAUAUUCCAUUUUAUACCAAGUCUUGGAAGGCUAUUGUUUGUAGUUUUUGUGGUGCCAUUCUCAAAUACUACACAUAAAGUCAUAACAAUAAAUGAAGGGUGAUUAGUUGUAUUCCCUUUUUCUCG